CUCGGAUUUAUUGAUAUUUAAAUGACACAAUUUAAGGACUUGCGGGGAUCAGAGGACGGGGACGAGAACCAAAAUGUGAAUCAUAAGAGCAAAUCAGCAGACUCCAAUCUGGCUGUAUAAUUUAAUCUUUAUAAAAAAUUUUAAGUUAAUAUCAUAAAUCAGUGACAAGUGUAGGUUUUUCUUUUCAAUCUGCUACUAGUCCUCCUGCUCGGAAUGGUGUUUAUACACAAUUAACAUCCCGGGCAAAGCCAAAUUUGAUCCAGCACUAGGAUUUAGCGAAGAAGUGUAGCAAGUGAUCAGCAUAAAGAAAGAAGAGAGCGAAACGAUGAGCCGGAGCUUGGGCAUUCCGGUGAAGCUGUUACACGAGGGUUCAGGUCAGGUGGUAACGGUGGAACUCAAGAGCGGAGAGCUUUACAGAGGAAGCAUGAUCGAAUGCGAGGAUAACUGGAAUUGCCAGCUCGACAACAUCACCUUCACUGCUAAAGAUGGAAAGGUAUCACAGCAUGAGCAUGUUUUCAUUCGAAGUAAUAAAGUCAGAUUUAUGGUCAUACCAGACAUGUUGAAGAAUGCUCCUAUGUUCUAACGUCUGGAUGCUAAAAUCAAGGGUAAGAGCUCAUCUCUUGGAGUUGGCAGAGGUAGAGCAGUUGCCAUGAGAGCCAAACUGCUGGCCGAGGCACAACAGCCGGGUGUUGAACCAUCUGUUCGAAGGUAACUUUGUCUUGUUAAGUGCAUUGCGGUCUCUUCUGUCAGGAGCAGCGUUCAUCAUUGAGGCUACCUGAGAAUUACCUUUACUUUAAAAACCAAAAUUGUGCUCCUCAUAUUUGAGGUCAAAGGGUUCUCUUUCAUUUGUUGAUUCCUGAGAAUUGCCACGAGUUUAGGAACUAAAUUUGUACUCAUAUUUGAGGUAAAAGGGUACUCAUUCAUGAGGUUGAUUCCUGAGAAUUGCCUUGAGGUAAAAGGGUACUCAUUCAUGAUGUUGAUUCCUGAGAAUUGCCUUGAGGUAAAAGGGUACUCUUUCAUUAUGUUGAUAAAGACGAAACUAGAUUGAGGCGAAGUUAUUUUGCCCGCAUAUGUAACCGGAUGACUGCUCAUUUUCUGUAUGAAUGAAUUGAAAUUUUGAAA